AUAAGCAAAAAAUUUGGGGUUUCUUCGUCGGAGGCCGCUAUCGAUCCUCUCCGUUCUCUAGUCGUCUUCUCUCAUCACAGGCAUUUGCAAGGAGCAAAACCCAUUACUUUGUGAACAAGGGUUUCUUUCCUUCAAAUUCAUUCCUGUUGGAUAAUAUUGAAAAGAUCCGGUGUAUUAAUUUAAUAAUUGUACAGGCUUAAAAGGAGUUGAUGGCUUCAAAGUUGCAGCAGUUGCAAUCCAAGGCUGCUCAAGCAUCACAGUUCGUGGCAAAGCAUGGAUGUGCAUACCACAAGCAGUUGUUAGAGCAGAACAAGCAAUAUGUGCAGGAGCCACCAACUGUGGAGAAAUGCAAUUUGUUGGCAAAGCAACUAUUCUAUACUCGCCUUGCUAGUAUCCCUGGUCGUUAUGAAUCUUUCUGGAAGGAGCUUGAUUAUGUCAAGCACAUGUGGAAGAACAGGCAGGAACUUAAGGUCGAGGAUGCUGGUAUUGCUGCCUUGUUUGGGCUGGAGUGCUAUGCAUGGUUCUGUGCUGGUGAGAUUGUAGGAAGGGGAUUUACUUUCACUGGUUACUACGUCUGAAAACAACCAUUUGGUUAGAAGAGCUUGAGGGUGUUGAAGUUGUAAGCCUCUCUUGUCAUCUGGUUGGUUUCAAUCAUUUUCGCUCUACAUGCCAAUUUUUGUAUUUCUGCAAAAAAAUUUAAGCUGAGGAAUCAGAAAGUUUGAUAGCACCAAUAAUCCAUGUACUUGCAUCUGUGUGAAGUGGCUUAUAUGGAAGAACCUUCAAGUGUUCUGUUAAUUCCAUUGGAUGUCGUGCUUCAAUGCAGACACGUUAAUACAAACAUGUUAAUGUAAAAACAUAAAGGCAAUCGAGCUUUUAAUGUGGUUGACCGAUCAUGUGGAAUGCAAGAAUAUUUCAUUAAA